AAUUUCUUCUGCAUCCUGGGUUUGACCAUCACUGCAUUGACAUUGUUACCGACCAUUUCCCUGACUUUGUCCUCAAAAUCACUCACCAAACUGUACAGCUCAAGAACCCCCUUACUUAGUGCUUUGGACUGGCUCCAGCACCGAAUUGUAUCUGAGCUCCGCUGCCGCCCAAGUUUCCGGCCGCGAGCAUUUCGUUCUCACUCACUUCCUUUGUCACCCAAAUAGCGACAUAUUCUGUUCUUAGCUCUAUUAUAUAACGAUAAAACACAGCCAUGUCAGCAGAAGUUAGUUACGCCGCAUCACAAAUCUUAGCUUCUGGCAGCGAGCGCGACCCGAGCUAUAACGAUUUCUCCUUCGUCCCCUUCUUACGCAAUAGCUUCGGCUUCGGACUGGCCUGUGAUGUGCCCGUCUGCAAGGCGUACAGUGAAGGCCACUGCCCCUUAGGGCCAGCUUGCCCCGAUCGACAUCCGACCCCAUCACGAGUGACGACGUCCACGACCACCGCUUCCGGAUUGGCACCGUCUACGACGCACGGGUCACUCGUCUGCAAGCACUUCCUCAAGGGGCUGUGCAAAAAAGGACUCAAAUGUGAAUAUCUCCAUGAAUACAACCUUCGUCGGAUGCCAGAGUGCCAGUCCUUUUCGCGGUCAGGCUACUGCCCGAAUGGAGACGACUGUCUGUAUCAGCACGUGCGGGAGCAGGCUCGGUUACCGCCGUGCGAACACUACGAUCGGGGGUUUUGCCCGCUGGGGCCGCUAUGUGCCAAACGCCAUGUGCGCCGACGCCUGUGCCAGUACUACCUGGCAGGUUUCUGUCCAGAGGGCAAGGGUUGCGCGGACGCUCAUGCCCGGUGGAUCGAGAACCUACCCAAGCCGUCAAUUAGGGUGGAGAAGACUGAGGAGGAAUUGGAGCGAGAGAGAAUUUUGAUCCGGGAGGAGCAGGAAAGAGAAAAGGAACGUGAACGUGAAUGGAGGAGUGAGCGGGGACGAGGGGGUGGAUUCAUGCGUGGUCGUUUUAGAGGCCGCGGACGUGGGCUAUAAGCGGGGACAUGUUUUGUGGGAUUUCUUUUUGGAUAGGAAAGAGAGAAGGUUAUUUGUUCGUGGUGGAUUUAAGCUUAUUAUUAGAACGUUUGAGAUACCCAAGUUCAGCCAUUGACAAUCUAUUCGUAUGUAUGAUCUAGUGAACCAUAAUGGCGGCUGCUAUAGGGUAUGGAAGAGCGUAUAGAGUAUAUCACAAAGGAACAAUGCCGCGGCCAUUGUGUCUGGUUUCGUGUAACACAGUUUGCAGCCACAGAUUUGGCUGUCGAUUAACGUGACAUGGCGUCGUCGUACUUGCAGAAGUGGAUGACAUCACGACAGCAAGGCCAGUGCAUUGCGAUAGUUAUCCGAGUCACAUUUCCUAGUCGUUGUAGAUUACUCACCACAACGGAAUUGAAGCGCAGAAGAUGGUAUCUUUUAUUCCCCUGAUUGGAAAUCAUUCUUCCACCUCAAUUAGAGAUCAUUCAGCAAGGUCCUGUUCGAUCGAACGUUCUGGGAGCAGGGAAGGGGACCAUUUGCUAAUCAUCAGUAAGACUCAGCUAAGUUACCAGCCAUGCGGAUUAUUGGCCCAGGAGGCGUCGGUGGAGCAAUGGACAUU